UUAUCUGGAAUCUUAGGCUUAAUGACGUGGAAGAGGCCGAUGAUGGUCUUGGUUAACCUGUUUGUUAUGCUGUCUGUCAUCUGUGUUCUGCUGGGCUUGGCUGGAUUUAUAUUAGGAUGUCAAGGCCUUCAGUUUGUGUCCAGUGUACCCAGAUGCGAUUUGAUGGAUAUAGGUGAAAAGAAGGUUUGUUUCUGCUGUCAAGAAUUACAUCUCACUAAAUGCUCAGAAGAGACUGCGCUGAAGCUGAACCACAUGAAGUCAUGCAGUGCUGUUCACCUUCGCCUCAAGAAAUUACUUUUUGCUCUUUGUACCCUGAAUGCUCUCACCACCACAGUUUGCUUGGUAGCAGCUGCCCUGCCUUACCUACGUGUUUGUACAACAGGAAGAUCCAACAUAGGUGAAGCUCAGGUUGAAGACCAACAUCACAUUUCGGAUCCUGAUGAUUUUGUCCCACCUGUGCCACCUCCUUCCUAUUUUGCAAUUUUUCAUCCUUAUACUCCACAAGUGAGUCGCAGGAUGCGUGGCUCCGACGUGAUUCCGUUGCACCAUAUUUACGGAGCGCGAAUCAAAGGAGUUGAGGUAUUCUGUCCUCUGGAUCCACCUCCUCCUUAUGAAGAUGUGCCGAGCCAGAGCAGCUCUGAGCAGGAAGGUGAACUCCAGAGAAGUGUUGCAGAGGUUGUUGAUUUGGGGGAAGUGAGUAACAGUCGGGCCUCUCAAGAUGAAGGAAUGCCUGAGUCUUCCAGCAGAAUGAGCCUUUCACCUUCAAAUGCAAGCCCAGUGCCUGGUGAAGGAGCCAGCAGAAGAGCCUUCAGUUUGUCACGGAAAUGGUCUAGAAGUGAUCCUGUGCUGCACUACCAGUUGCCUCAAGGGGCAGUGCUCAGCUGUGAAGCUGCAACUCAGACUGAAGUAAAACCAGACCUCUGUGCUGUCACCUUGCGGAAGAAUCUGAGAGAAAGAGUCUUGAGGGGAAGACCCCAUUCUUUGAUAGAUUACAAGUUUUACACAGACACUAAACUGCUUGUGUCAUGGUUCCUCGAGCAGUCCUCCUGGAUGAUGAGCCCGGACAUACAUGAAUUGGUGGAAGAUAUCAAGUCAGUUUUAAAAUCAGAUGAGAAACAUAUGUCAGAAGCGAUCACCAGCGCCACCUUCCUUGAGCAGGCUAUGGCACCUGCCCAGCAAGCCAUGUCAUUGAGUGCCCAUGGGUUACCUUCCAGACAACAUCUACAUCUUGAAUUUCUGCACCUGGACAGCUGUGGUGACCUGAGUACUUUUACCACAUAUGAAGAUCAGCUAGCAGAGAGGAGGAUCCAGAGAGCUGAACACAAACGGCCUCACAGUCUUAUUGGUGUUGUCAGGGAAACUGUACUCUGA